CUCCGCCCCGCGUGCGCGCGCGGCCCCGCGGAAACGUGCAGGCGCCCGGGAAGCCAGAGGCUGAGGUGGCAUCGGCCCUGAAAACAUGGAGCUUCCGCAGAUGCCGGAGCUGAUGGGGCUGUCGCUGUUACUCGGGCUGCUGGCCCUGAUGGCGACAGCGGCGGUAGCGCGAGGGUGGCUGCGCGCAGAGGAAGAGACCGGCCGGCCCGUCGGCCAGAAAGCAAAUGGAUUGCCACCUGACAAGUCCUUGAAAUCCAAGAAGCAGAAACAGCGGAUUCGCAAGGAGAAGCCUCAGCAACACAACUUCACCCACCGCCUCCUGGCUGCAGCCUUGAAGAGCCACAAUGGGAACAUAUCUUGCAUGGACUUUAGCAGCAAUGGCAAGUACCUGGCCACCUGUGCAGAUGAUCGUACCAUCCGCAUCUGGAGCACCAAGGAUUUCCUGCAGCGGGAGCAUCGCAGCAUGAGAGCAAAUGUGGAGCUGGACCAUGCCAUCCUGGUGCGCUUCAGCCCUGACUGCAGAGCUUUCAUCGUCUGGCUGGCGAAUGGAGACACCCUCCGUGUCUUCAAGAUGACUAAGCGAGAGGACGGAGGUUAUACUUUCACAGCCACCCCAGAGGACUUUCCUAAAAAGCACAAAGCUUCCAUUGUCAACAUUGGCAUUGCCGACACAGGGAAGUUCAUCAUGACUGCUUCCAGUGACACGACCAUCCUCAUCUGGAAUCUGAAAGGUCAGGUGCUGUCCACCAUCAACACCAACCAGAUGAAUAAUACGUAUGCGGCUAUAUCCCCCUGUAGCAGGUUUGUGGCCUCGUGUGGCUUCACCCCAGAUGUAAAAGUUUGGGAAGUCUGCUUUGGGAAAAAAGGGGACUUUCAGGAAGUUGUUCGAGCUUUUGAACUGAAGGGCCACUCUGCAGCUGUCCACUUCUUCGCUUUCUCCAAUGACUCCCGGAGGAUGGCCUCUGUCUCCAAGGAUGGUACCUGGAAACUGUGGGACACAGAUGUGGAGUACAAGAAGCAACAGGACCCCUACUUGCUGAGGACAGGCCGCUUUCAAGAAGCGAGCACCAUGCCGUGUCGCCUGGCACUCUCCCCUGACUCCCAAGUCUUGGCCUUGGCCUGUGGCACCAGUAUUCAUCUGUACAGUACCCGGAGGGGUGAGGAGGAGGAGCGCUUUGAGCAGGUCCAUGGAGAGUGUAUCACUGACUUGUCCUUUGACAUCACUGGCCGGUUUCUGGCCUCCUGCGGGGACCGGGCGGUGCGGCUCUUCCACAACGCCCCUGGCCACCGAGCAGUGGUGGAAGAAAUGCAGGGCCUUUUGAAGCGGGCCUCCAAUGAGAGCACCCGCCAGAGGCUACAGCAGCAGCUGACGCAGGCCCAGGAGGCCCUGAAGAGCCUGGGUGCCUUGAAGAAAUGACUCUGGGGGUACAGCACUGCUGCCGCCACUGCUGCCUCUUCUCCAGCAGGUCUCUGACUCUUACAAUUCCCAUAUCACAAUCGGUGACUCGACAGCCUUGCCGGUCACUUAGGCAGCACAUGGCUGAGCUGGGAUUCAAGGCGGCGGAGUCUGGGUCUAGAGCUCAUGUUCCUGCUGGUUCUCCAGCUGUGGCAGGAGUCAGAAUCACCUGGGGCCAGGGUUUAACUACAAAGGGCCCAGGACCUCUCCUGUUUCCGCGGGCCUGGGCAUCUGUGUUCUUUAUGAACUCUCAGGUGAGUCUGAUACCGGUGUUUGGGAACCAUGCCCUGUGCUAGUCUGCCUUGAUCUUAAAUGUUAUUCCUACUCUACUGCCCUGAUCCUACAGGUGUUUCCUUGCUUGUGCCCAAUGAUGGAGGAGCUGCAGGUCAGCCACCCAGGGCCCUCUCAGUGGGCUCUCCCAUUCCCUGCUAGGCCCCAGAAAUCCCCAACUCUUGUCCCUGGUCACAAGGCCAUCACCUCACUUCUCUCGGGAGCCUCUCUGUGUGUUUUGUUUUUUUUUUUGUUUUUUGUUUUUUUUGGCUCCGCCUGGGGCAUGCAGAAAUCCCGGGCCAGGCAUCAAACCCUUGCCUUAGCUGUAACCAGAGCCACAGCAGUAACAAUGCCAGGUCCUUAACCUCUAGGCCACAGGGAACUCCAGGAGCCCCUCUUUGGAAACUGCCUUUCUCAUGUUACCUCAGAUUAACAUAAUGGCUCCUCAGUGCUUUUCCAAGCUGAACAUUUCUCCAUCUCUACCCCACAUUGUGUUAUCAUCUAUCUGUGCUGUGAUUAUCUGGAGAGUACGUGACAUGUCUGAUGAACUUCAGUAUCCUCACAGCUUAACAUAGGGUCAGUUGGUCAAAUAAAAGAACGUCCAGUUCCCUUUGUGGGUUAAGAAACCCACAUAAUUUUCAUCAGGAUGCAGUUUCAAUCCCUGGCCUGGCUCAGUGGGUUAAGGGUCUGGCGUUGCCACAGGUUGUGGCGUAGGUCACAAAUGCGGUUCAGAUGCCAUGUUGCUGUGGCUGUGAUGUAGGCCGGCAGCUGCAGCUCUGAUCCGACCCCUAGCCUGACCUGGGAACUUCCUUAUGCCACGUGGCCCUAAAAGGAAAAAAGAACUUCCAUCUGCCUUCCCUAGUUGCCUCUGGCCUUGUGGUCCCUGAGUGCCCACUUGGAUUCUCAUUCUCACCUCCCUUCUGAAGUGCCCACAUCCAAUACCUGACCCAGGGAUCGCACAGCCUUUAACCAGUGUGUGCGUUGGGCACAACCUUUAAACACCCAGCACCUGCGGCUGUUUUAAGAUAAGGGUCAGGGACAGAUGCGACUUGUGGUUUUCAAACCACACAAUACUUGGGGUAAGAUGACCUCCCAACAGUGAACCGUUACUUCCCGUCUCCUUGCCUCCCCCCCUGCCCCAUUCUGGGGUCUUCCUGCCGCCUGCACGCAGCCCCCCAGGAGCAUUAGGGAAACCAGAUUCUCUGCUGAUCUCUCUGUGAAAUGUAAGUGUCUUGUUUUCAUAAUUAUAGCUACUGCAGUAAAGUCAUGUCUCAGAGACUAAUAUUUUGGGGAAAGGUGCCUAAAGCUUUGUUUCCACAUUGUCUGUGUUUUCUUCUACGCACAUCCCUACGUCCGGUGUUCUUGCCUUUGGUUAAUCCCCUCCCUUUUCAGUGUGGGCGGGACCUGCAGCUUGCUUCUAACCAGCUUGCCAAAGGGAAUGGGAUGUCACGUGUGAUUAUGUUAUGGUAUAUAAGGCUCCUUUUUGCCAGCAGACUUGCUUUCUGCCCUGCCGGCCUGUUGUGAGGGGGCCUAUGGAGGGGCUGCAUAGUAGCCUCUAGAAGUUAAGAGCUGAAGUCUUAAAAGUGCAAGGAAGUUACAUCUGUCAAAACCCUGAGUGAGCCUGAAAGGGAGGGAGUCUCUGGCUGGUCAAGCUCUGCAGAUGAGACCUGAGUCCUGGCCACAUACUGCUCGUAGCCUUGCACGUGGACUCAGGUAAGCCAUACUGGAUUCCUGACCCAUGGAAACCGACAUAAAUCUGUGUUGUUUUGAGCCACUAAGUUUUUAGCAAUUUAUUAUGCAGCGUAGAAAAUGAAUACACCUGCCCUCCAAGAUGUUGCCCAAAUUAUACCCCCUCUGUCUUUACUCCUUAAGAGCAAGGUUCUAUUUGUUUCUGGAUUCCCUUCUGUCACAGAGCUUUGCUCAUAGUCCUCAGAGGAGUCAGCAAAACAGGAGUUCGUGCAGGGAGUUCCCAUUGUGGCUUGGCAGACUAAGAAUCCAACUAGUAUCCGUGAGGAUGUGGGUUUGAUUCCGGGCCUCAUUCAGUGGGUUUAGGACCUAGUGUUGCUGCAAGCUGCAGCAUAGCCCACAGAUGUGGCUUGGAUCUGGCAUUGCUGUGGCUGUGGCGUAGGCUGGUGGCUCAGCUCUGAUUCAACCUCUAGCCUGGGAAUAUCCAUGUGCCUCCAGUGUGGCCCUAAAAAGAAAAAAAAAAAAGGUGUUAGUGCAUUUCUAAAAUCAUAAUUAAGCAAAGUAGGGAAAAAUUUUUAAUUUUAGGGAAAAAAAGACAAAAAAAUUGAUAUCACUUGCAUCUCUUACAGGACAUCGCACAGUUCUUUUUUUGGAGGGCCAAACCUGCCCAAAAAAGACUUCCAGCAAAAGUCCUGAGAAGGUCCCUUCUUAGUUCACAUACCCAUCCCUUAGCCAAUCGCUGUGACUAAUGAUCUACAGUGCUCUGAUUGGCCAGACCUGGGUCACAUGCCCAUCUCGAUGACAGAGGGUGGGGUCAGUGUCACCCAAAGCCCCCCGGACUGAGAUUGGGAGGAGGUGGUUUCCCAGCAAAGAAGAGAGAAGUGUAGUUAAUAGAAGCAAGGAUUCCAGGCAUCAAAAGCAUCCGUUGACCAAAACUCAUAGCUACUUACAUCAAGUGACAGAUGGGAAAUUUUGUAGUUGCUGUUGUUGUUGUCUUUUUGCCUUUUCUAGGGCCGCUCCCGCGGCAUGUGGAGGUUCCCAGGCUAGGGGUCGAAUUGGAGCUGUAGCUGCCGACCUACACCAGAGCCACAGCAAUGCCGGAUCCGAGCCACAUCUGUGACCUACACCACAGCUCACGGCAACACCAGAUCCUUAACCCACUGAGCGAGGCCGGGGAUCGAACUCACAACCUCAUGGUUCCUAGUCGGAUUCGUUAACCACUGCGCCAUGACGGGAACUCCAAGCUCCCCCUUAUUUUUAUUCUCCCUUCCUUCUCUUCCUUCUCUCCUCCCUCCCUCCCUUCUUUCAUCAGAGAGUUGCUGAUCAUCUUCCAUGGACUGCAUGUAGAGUAUAUAAGAUGCUUCCUCCCUGAGGUUGUGGGGAGAAGGAAGGCCUGGAUGUACAUGCGUGGGUUACAAACUUAAACAAAUAAAUAAUAUUUUUGUUUCUUUUUAA